CACCAGGCUCAAAACCGCUACUCUAACGAAUCGUUUGUCCUAAAAAUAUGGGUGUGACACUACUACUCAUUCUAGAAUAUGCAAUUCAAAGCUUACGUUUUUCUUUUUUGGCUUGCAUACAAAAUUGUAAAAAAAAAUUCUCUCAUUUUUUCUCAUACAUGUUAUUAACUCAAUAUCUUACUCCCAUCCAAUUUGUGUUUUAAAUUUCUAAUUGACAAAUAUGAAUUGUUGUUCUUUAGGCUUAACAAAAGGUUAUUACAUAUUCCUUAAGAAAAAAAUAAUAUAUAGUGUCGUUAAUUCAGUAGAUUGUACAACGAUUGGGAUCCACAUAGAUAGAUUAGCCUGCCCUAUGUUAGCCUGCCUUAUGUUAGCCUGUCCUAGGUUAAAUGUCACUCUAAUUUUCUCAAAGUUGACUUUACCUAGUUGAUAUGAUUUAUUUUUGUACUCGGGAAAUAGGUUUUUUUUUUCUUGUCUAUUUCUGCAAGAAAUUAAACAGUUGGCAUUGACUUCAUCUUUUCCAACACAAAAUAUGAUGAAUAUUUGUACCUCACGAUUGUUCUUUCUAUUUUGCAAAGUUGUAUUUAUUAAUUAACCAAGAAAAGUUUUGUAACCUAGAAAGCAAUCUCUCAAUCAUCAACUGUCUCAAAGACACAUCCAUUACACAUAAGCAAAGUACUUGGUCUUCGAUUUAUAUAAUUUUUAAUUUAUUUUUGGCGGGAGAACGUGAUGACUUUAUAUAAAUCAUUGAUCAACUAAUUAACAGCUGACGAUAAAAAAAAAAAAAAAAUCUAAUCUCCUAUCUGCAAUGGCUGCUCUCCGUUUCUGCUAUCUCGUUUUAGCUCUCUGCAGUCUAUCCGUGACCGUAUCGGCCGAUAGUGGUAAAAAGGAAAAAAAAAAAAAAAUUAUCUUUAUGAAUUAUGAUCCCUUUUUCUCAAUUUUUUAUUUUUUUGCAGUUCAUCUCAGCCUUGAAUGUGGAUCACCCUUCGGCGACAGCACUUAUGUAGACAAAAACUCGAUAACAUGGACGGGAGACGAUAAGUACAUAAAGGGCGGCGAAAUCCGGUACGUGAAAUCCGAUGACCGAGUAUUGCAAAGAAUGCGCGUGUUCACCGCCGCACGCAAGAAGAACUGUUACCACAUCGACACAAUGAGAAGGGGGCGCGUCCUGGUACGCGCCACCUUUUACUACGGUAACUACGACAACAAGUCUUCACCCCCUACGUUCGACCUUCAUUUCGACGGCAACUUCUGGAAGACAGUUGUGACUUCGAUUUCGGAGGUUGUUUCUUACGAGGUGAUUUAUGUCAUGAGGAGGGAUUGGAUUACCGUAUGUCUUGCUCGUACAAAGGAUGGUCAGUUCCCAUUCAUUUCCACCCUCGAAAUCCGCAGUCUGGACUGGUUCAUGUAUACGGGGAUCCCCGAGAGUUAUCCCUUGUUUUUGAGGAGGAGAGAUCCCUUCGAUUAUGGAAUUAUCAGGUGCAUACAUAUAGUUUUCCGAAUUCCACCAAUUCCGAUUAGCAUAUACGGGCGUGACAAAAGCUUCGCCACGGUAAUGGCCGUAUCAAAUACUUUUUUGCUACGGUACCCGGACGAUCCUUACGACAGAAUAUGGUCUACUGAAAUAGCCAACUUGGGACAAAACCGAUUUUACAGUGAUGCUUAUUUCUACUAUCAACAUAGUUCAGAUGUGGUCCCAUCUAGAGAUGAGCCCCCACCUAGAGUGCUAAGAUAUGGUGUUUAUGCACCCACUCCAAAUUCAAGCUUACAAAUAUUCACCCUACACAACUACGAAACUCCAGCUUACGUGAAUCUCUACUUCACCGAGUUCCGUUAUAACCGUCAACUAAACGAAACGAGGUCCUUCACCGUUUUCAAGGACGACAAGCAAAUCUCGUUGCCCAUCUGGCCACCUUAUGGCAAUUUCACUGAACUAACCUUUCCUAACUUAUCGGUUUCCGGGACUAGUACAUUUUCUGUCGUGCCCACUACCUACUCCACGCUUGCUCCCGCGAUCAGCGCCUUGGAAAUCUUUCUCAUUGGAGAUAUGCUAACCGACGGUACCGAAGGUAGCGAUGCUCUAGGAUUGAUUGAUCUGCAAAAAGGGUUUGAUGAUGUUUUAAGAGAAUGGCGCGGCGAUCCUUGUCUUCCCGCACCGUUUUCGUAUGACUGGAUCGUUUGUAAUUACAGCUAUUCUAGACCACGAAUAACAGCUAUAUCUCUUGGUAGCUUCGGCCUCUCGGGGCCACUUCCGGAUUUCGAAUCCAUGCAUGCUCUUCAAACAAUAGAUUUUCACAAUAACAGCUUGAGAGGGCCUAUUCCUGAUUUCCUUGGCAAGUUGCCAAAUCUCAAAAUAUUGAACCUUGAAAAUAACCAUUUUAGUGGUUCCAUACCAGCUUCACUCUUAAACAAUAAGGGCCUAACUCUAAUGGUGUCUGGGAAUCCUGACCUGUCUUCAUGUACCAGAAUGAAGAUUAACAUUAUUGUACAAAUACUGUUUGGCACCAUAAUCUCAUCCAUCAUGUUACAUGCUUGGGCCUAG